CUUCCAUAAACCAUCUGUGAUCUGUGUAUCCUCCUAUCAAAAUUAUUUUUCAUCCUAGUAUUGAAAAUAUUGAUAUAUAUUAUUUGUAAAUUUGAAAUCUGAAACACAACCGAUGUGUUUUUAAACAACGUAAAUUUGUGUAAAUAAAUAAAAGGUUCAAUUCACAAUGAAGAAUGAGGAGGAGGAAGAAGUAGAUGUGUAUAAGCUUAUUCUACAGUUACAACACGAAAAAUUACUCAUUAAAACAGAAAAACAUAAGAUACAAGAGUUGAAUAAAUUGAUAACUAGCAAAACCCAUGACAUAAUAAGAGAUUCUUGGAUUACAACAAAGCAACGUUUGUUGUUAUAUCAACGGGAAAGCACAUCCCAAAAUUUAAAAAAAAUUCAUUAUUUGCUCAAUUCAGAAUUUGUGGAAGCCAAACAAAUUUUAGGAUUCCAGAAUUCUGUAAAGAUUUCCAACUUGCUUCAAGCACUUCGUACCCAACCGAAAGAGCUAGCAAAAUGGUUAAUUGCGGGAGAACAAUUAGCAGAGGAUUCACAAAAUUAUCUGUUUCUAUUGGAAAACAUUGUUGUUGGCCUGUAUGGUUGCUUCAUUUUUCCAGAAGAUGCAAGGUACAUGCUUACUUUGCUGUAUGAGCUUGCUAAGGUACAACUGCUGAACUGCGAAGAUCCAAGAAGAAUUAUUAAACAAAGAACUUGCUCCUUCAAACAUUUAUAUUUUCUAUUCCACGAAGUGUUGCAAUCUGCCAAAUUCUUCCUGAGUGCCGCCAUGGAGAUUCCUAUCAUACAAAUGAUGUCUUGCACAGAUUAUCACUUAGAUGUGGACCCUGAAAAAACGGCCAUGAGGUUCAAACAAGAUGAAAAUGAAGUUGCCAGUUUAUUUCAAGAUGUGGAGGAGUACAGGAGAGAUGUUAUAAUAAAACUGGUUGAGUUCACCAAUCAUUUUAUAACAUCACUUUUAGAGAAUGUGUACAGCUUUCCAAAGUCUGUUGCUUGGAUUGUGUCCCAAAUAGCAAAAAUCAUUGAGAAAUCUUUCAGCGGCAAACAGGCCAAUGCUGUUACCAGUGAGUUGAUCUUCACUCUGUAUGUAUGUCCUGUGAUUGUGGAUCCAGAGCAGUAUGGUAUUUGUACUUCUCAAGUGACCGAUAUCAACAGACAUAACCUCAUUCAAGUUUGCCAGAUACUUCAGUCACUGGCUUUGAGCAAAUUCGAGCCGAUCGAUCCACGAUUCUCUGAUAUUUUCAAUUUGUUGGAUAAAAACAGGAUGAACAAUUUCAUUGAUUUGUUAUUUUUUGAUAUGGAUACAGAAGAACCCCCCAUUGAAUCUUCACCUGCUAUUUCAAGGGACAUUAUGCUUUUUACCGAGGUUGAACUCGACAAUCUGGUUUCUUUCAUGCAGAGAGUACAUGUGAAGAGCAAUCAUAAUGAAAACUUUUCGAAAGAUACUACAAUUGAAGAACAUUUAACUUCUUUAACCAUACCAUCCACGGAUAAUUCUCCAAAGUCAAGCCGUUCAGUAAAUAAUGAGGAUAACUUGAAACUAUCUAAUUUCUUCAUAUCAGGUACGAAAAACCAUGUAGUACCAGCAAACACCGACGAUGCCAAAAACUCCAACAACGUUAUUCUCAUAUUCCCAGUAGAUCAAGUUGCCUCUGAUCCUGUAGGACUCAUCCCCGAGGGGAAAAUAAUUGACGCCAUACCCCUCAAGAAUGACGAGAUAUUUCAGAUCACUCCAGCCAAAGGGCCGACCAAUAUGCCUGAUACUUCUCCUCAGAAUGGAGAUAUGAAACAGUCCUUUGCAUAUCCUGAUGAAGGGUCUAUUGGUAACACUUCGGAUAAUUUGGAAGCGAUCUCGGAAGCAGCUAGCAAUCAUUCAGUGGACAGUAGCAUAGAAUUGGAAAACGAGGAUCAGAAUGAUAAUUUGUCUGAUAUGGUUUCGGCAAAUGUCUCAGGUAGAGGAACACCAAACAUCUCAGGUCGUGACACCCCCAGUUCUCAAGUCUGUGAAAAUGAUGACCGCGUUUUAGUUGAACCACGCCAAGCUGAUGUCGCCCAGCCUCAACCUAAACUCAACAAACAAAUCCGAUCGGAAAUUGAUGAUAAAUUCUGCAAAUUUGAAAUAAAAAAGUUAUUGGAAGGAGACGAGACGAUAUCCAUCAUCUCGGAAACGUGGAGUACAGACGUUUUGGCUUCUGAUAAUGAAACAGUGGACCUGUCCGAAUCCAGGCAACAAAUCCAGCUGGUCGAGGCCAUACAGGAAGUGCCAAGCAUCUUGGACUUGUCUCUUUCUGAGACCCAAAGUGAAAGCGCUUGGUCUACAGAUGUUAUGACUUCAGACACAGAUAGGUUAACCGAAGUCGAUAACGAUGAUUCUGUAAGCGUGGCCCAGUCAGAUGACACAAGAUCCGAGACAGACGACGUCUGUGGAGUAAGAAGACUUUCGUCGUCAUCAAAUUCAUUUGUUCCAGUUCCAGGCAGUCAGAACUAUGUUUCAAGUGUUACUGUUCAUAAUAUGAGCUACUUGCCUACUAACGGUCCGAGUACAGCCACUAAUACCAAGAAGUAUGUCAACUCUUCGAAAUUUAUGGAAUACGGGAAAGUUGAUAUAAAAAAUGAUAGAGUUAUUGGAAAAAUUUACCGAACGGAGCAGGUAGACAACAACGCCAAUAGAGUUUUCAAGUCGUUAACUUUGGGGCACUCUCCCUUGUCGACUGAGACAAGCGAAAGCAAAACUGCAAUAUUCAAACCGUCUUCAGUCAAGAAUGGUGUACUGUGCAAAGAAGUGGAACUGAGUAACAUUGCAGGUACUAGUGGAAUGGUGGAAAAUGAGAAAAAUCCACAAAACCGCCCCAAUGAAAUAUUGUUGAGCAACUGCAGUCUGAAUUCAAGCUCAAGUGGUUCAAGUAGUCACAGUUUUGAAAACAAGAAUGCUUCGGAGCAGUGGGAAAACAAACAAUGGCUCAACAGUUCCGGAAGUAGUCUCAAUGUUACUUUGACUCCGUCAGAAAGUACCAGUGAGCUAUCGGUGCUUAGUAUCAGCAAGAAAACUGUAACGAAUAGGGUCGUAAAACCGUCCGUCUCUACGGGGGCUAUCCCGAAGAGCAUCAGCUUCGAUAUGAGUGCAGAUAAGGGAUUGGAAGAGGAAGGAAGGUCAAAGAGAGGAAGCUUUUUUGGAAAGCUUCGCAUGGGAUUCAGGAGUAGACGGGGAAAAAGUUUCAGAAAUCAGGAUGAGUUCAGGUUGGAGAAUGAUGAAUUUUUUGGUUCGAAGAGACAAUCAGACAUAGGAAAAGUGAGCAACACUACAGAAGCCUCUGACGAUAUUUUAGCAAAGUACAGAACGAAACCCUUUGUGGAAAAUUCGGCUGUUAAAGAAAACAGCGAUUCAAAAAAGUGUUCUAAGGAAAAAAGUGUAUAUAGCAGCAAUAGUGAAGAAAUUAAUAGCUUUAAUGAUAUUAAGAACAAACUACGUUUAGUCUUAAGUAAUAUAUCAGAAAUUCCGCACUACGUUAAGAACAAUCCCAUUAGCGUUAAGAAUAAAAUGGAGAUGAUAUUGCGCCUGGAAAUGGGAAAAGCCAGAAGACUAAGGGAAUGGUCUCAUGUAGCGAGAAUCUCGGAAGCUAUCAGGUGCAUCAAUCUCAUUACAGAUGAUACAUGCCUCAAGUUGAUUCAUUCCAUGAAGGACGAUUUGAUUCUGCGCUCAACUUACAUAAAGUACCUGGUUACUUCAAAGCAAGAACUGCUAUUUUGCGAUAGUUAUUUGAAUAGCCUGCAAGAUCAAAUAUCCCACGAUAAGCAGCAGUGUGAAAAGUAUUUGGUAACGGUUUGCGUCAAAGAAUUUUUGUUGGCGCAGGAGACUGUUUUACUAGAAUUCUGCGAGGAAUUUAAACAGUUGAACCUGGCUGAUGAAAAGUGUGAUAUUUUACAAAAGUUUUAUAUGAAACUGUAUUGCAUCAUGAAAUCAAGCAGUAUUUGGAAAGAUUUUGUCCGGAAUAGGGAGACCCUGUUGAAAAUAACUUUGGAAAGGUAUAUCAUGACUAAGAUAUACAAAAACUCCAUUUAUCCUAAUGGAGAUGGGGACAGGGACAGGGACCGAGUAUUACAAAAUCAUAUUGAAAAACUGUCCAAAAUCAUCACCCCAAACCACAAAGAUCUCCUGAUAGAAAAAGUGUAUCUCAGAGAGAGUCCCUGGCUUCCUGCUCAAGAUGCUCUUCGAACUUUGAAUAUUUACAAGACCCCAAGGGAUAAAGUUAAAUGUAUCGUCAACUGUGCCAAGUGUAUCAUGGAUCUCCUGGCCCUUUCCCAGAGUAAUGGUUCUGCUACUGCUGACGAUUUCAUGCCUGUUUUAGUUUAUGUGAUAAUCAAGGUUAAUCCAGAAGCUCUGUUGUCAACUGUUCAGUACGUGAAUAGCUUCUUCCACCAUCAGCUGUUUGGAGAAGAUGAAUACUGGUGGACUCAGUUCUGCGCAGCUGUUGAAUAUAUUAAAACGAUGGACUAUUCUGAUUGAUAUUAGUUGUAAAAUAAUCUCUACACCAUUUUACUUGUACCUAUUAGCAAAAAAUAUUAUUUAUGAUUUAUAUUAAUCUGUUAGGUUAUAGAGCAAUUAUAUUUUUAAUAAAAGUGUUUAUAUUUUAGA